AUCACUACGUUACGAGGUCAAAGAGCAGGAAGUACUGUAUAAUGUAGCUGUAUAACACCCACCUGUCUCAGAUGGGACAGAGCCACUCAGAGGGAGAGGGAGAGCUGACAACAAUAUCAAGAAACAACAUCGACAACAACAAACAUCGGGGAUGGGCCACUCUCUGUUUCUCCUGUUCUUCUCAGGGCUGUCUGUCCUCCCCUCAUGCCUCUCUCAUCAGUUCCACUUUGUGAACAUCAGUAAAAACUGGACUGAAGCUCAGAGUUACUGCAGACAGAACUACACUGACCUGGCCUCCAUAGACGACAUGGCUGAAAUGAACAGGCUCAAUAACACAGUAAAGGCUGGGUUAUUAACUGAACCAGCCUGGAUAGGGCUGUAUAACACCAGCUGGAGGUGGUCUCUGGGAGACACAGAGUUAGGGACGGUGGUGUUCUGGGACAAAAAGCACGGAGAAAUCAACGACCAACCAGAUAAUGUAAAAAACAAUGAGUUCUGUGUGUUUAUGCGAAAUGGGUCAUGGCAUGAUGAGAACUGUAGUACACAACAUAAUUUUGUCUGCUAUGACACAAAUCUCACUAGUAUGUACAUCCUCAUCACUGAAAAGAAGACUUGGAGUGAGGCUCAGCACUACUGCAGACAGAACCAUACGGACCUGGCCAGUGUGAGGAAUGGAGCAGAUAAUAACGCCAUACAGAAGGCCAUACAUAACGUCAUACAGGAAGAGGUGUGGAUCGGCCUGUAUAGAGAGUGGAGGUGGUCUGACCAGAGCGGCUCAACCUUCAGAAACUGGAUGACAGGCGAGCCAAACGGGGCAGUUGUUGUCGGAGGAGACCACCCAAAGCUCUGUGUGGAAAUUAAGUUCCCAUCUGGAGAGUGGAAUGAUGAGCCUUCUACCACCAAUCAUCCUUUUAUCUGCUAUGAUGAUAAGCUGGUCCUGGUCUCAGAGAACAAGACGUGGUCCGAAGCCCUGUGGUACUGCAGAGAACAGGACAUGGAACUGGUGUCUGCCCACAACCACAGGAUCCAGCACUGGGUCCAACAGAGAGCCAAGAAGGCCUCCAGUCCCUACGUCUGGCUGGGCCUGAGGUACACCUGCACCCUGGACUUCUGGUUCUGGGUCAAUGGAGAAGAGUCCUGCUUCCACAACUGGGCCGACGGGGAGGGCUACAGUACCAGGAAGGAGCAGCGUGGGAACACGGGGGCCAUAGAGAGAAACGGGGGGAAGUGGGUCGGCCUGCCUGAGACCGACAAAUUCAACUUCAUCUGCAGCAAGAGUGAUGAUUACUAAAAACAGACCCUGACAUCUGGACCAGCUGAAUCCUACAGCCCAACACAUUGUUCCUGAUCUCUGGACCAGCUGAAUCCUACAGCCCAACACAUUGUUCCUGAUCUCUGGACCAGCUGAAUUCUAUAGCCCAACACAUUGUUCCUGAUCUCUGGACCAGCUGAAUUCUAUAGCCCAACACAUUGUUCCUGAUCUCUGGACCAGCUGAAUUCUAUAGCCCAACACAUUGUUCCUGAUCUCUGGACCAGCUGAAUUCUAUAGCCCAACACAUUGUUCCUGAUCUCUGGACCAGCUGAAUUCUAUAGCCCAACACAUUGUUCCUGAUCUCUGGACCAGCUGAACCCUACAGUCCAACACAUUGUUCCAGACAUAUUCAGAUUUACAUUGAGUAAGGUGAUGGAUACUCAAUCUUUUAAAAAUAUCUUUAAUAUUUAUUUUUAAUAUUAUUUUAUUUUAUGUUUGUAUAUUCUCUUAUUGAAUUGGAUUCUUACCAUACUCUUAUUAUUUUCUUAUGGAUGCAUUACUGGUUAUCUUAUUACCUAUUUUAUUACUGGUUAAUUUGUUACUGUUUAUCUUUUUACCUAUUUCAUUACUGGUGUCACGUCCUGACCAGUAAAGGGGUUGUUUGUUAUUGUAGUUUGGUCAGGGCGUGGCAGGGGGUGUUUGUUUAGUGUGUUUCGGGGUUUUUGGGCAAUGUUCUAUUUUAGUCUAUUUCUAUGUCUGUGUCUAUGUAUUCUAUUUCUAUGCUUAGUUUAUUGGGUUGACCUUCAAUUGGAGGCAGCUGUUCCUCGUUGCCUCUAAUUGAAGGUCCUAUUUAAUAGGGGUGUUUUUCAUUGUGAUUUGUGGGUAGUUGUUUCUCCAUAUAGUCAUUUUGUCCUUACGGGACUGUUUUUCGUCGUUGUUUUUUUUCAAGUGUUUUGUUUCGUUUAUUUAAUAAAUAAGAAGAUGAGCAUACACAUUCCCGCUGCGUUUUGGUCCACUCAAUACGACGAACGUGACAACUGGUUAAUUCAUUAAUGUUUAUCUUUUUACCUAUUUCAUUACUGUUUAUCUUUUUACCUAUUUCAUUACUGUUUAUCUUUUUACCUAUUUCGUUACUGGUUAUUGAUAGAUGAAUUUGUAUGUUUAAAGAUAAUGACAAAAAGUAUUUCACCCUGAAACCAUAUAACUGUGUGAAAUGUAUUAGAAUUAUAAGGCUAUAAUAAUAGUCAGAAUUCUAUAAUGUGUGUGACUAGGCCUUUGUGUUACUAUUUCGCAAAAUGAGCAGGGCAUAGUUGAAACCACAGAAAAGAGGAAGACGACCUUGCAGAAACUGAUAAUUGGAAAAGGGGUCUCUCUCCAACUUAGGGAGGGGUGGAACUGUCAGGAACGGCUAGGCUAGUAGAAGAUAAUGAAACCUGUUGCAGAAGUGUGAAAACCAUGUAUGUGAACUGUGGAAAAAUACAACCACCUAAAGCGGGGUGGAGUUCUCUACUGAUGUGAGUUCAUUUGUGCUGUGUGUGUGUGUGUGUACAUAUAAAAUACUGUGUCCUUAAUUUGAGGGCAGAGCUCUCCUGAAUAAAGAUCCAGACUAUUGUAUAA